AUGUGCAGCAACGUCAUGCCACAAGAUACUAAAAGUAACAGUCAAAACAGAAGUCCCACAAGAAUUGACCCUCGAAGGAACUCUGUUCCUCCCACGCAGACUCUCAAAGCUAAACAUCUACUGGCUUACCUUCCCAGAUCACCAGACUCUGUGUGCAACACUUCUUCCCCUAAUAAGACUGUUGUUAAGUCCACCAUGGCUGACAUCCUAAGCACAAGAGUCCCUCUCAUCCCAAGCUUGAGUUGCAGCAACCAAAACUCCCCGGCUUCCGCACUAUCUCUGAAGACCUUUCCUUCCCUUCAGACUCAGAACCCAUGCAACCAGUGUCCUCGGGGUUUGACAAACCAAGAUACCCCUUGUUGUUACAGUAUCCAUGCAGCCCCCUUUGAACCAAUAGAGGAGACAGAGAAACCUCGACGCUCGCACCGCAGUCGACACCUUAAGCGUUUCAGUUCUAAGUGGUACGCAAGCAGUCAAAUCGGUGGCAGCAACAUCUCAAUCCAUGCUAAUGGUGCAAUGGAGAACAUGUGUAUUAAAAAGACCAUUAAGAAGCACUGUAAGCUUCUUGGUGAUGAGCAACCCUCAUACGGCACAGCCAGUAAUCAACGGCAGCGCUAUGUAACCAAGGAUGGCAAGUGUAGGGUCAAUCUGGGUCCCAUUGAGGACAAAAGCCGCUUUAUCUCUGACAUCUUCACCACACUAGUGGACCUCAAGUACCGCUGGUUCCUUUUUGUCUUUACCAUGUGCUACAUUCUCACAUGGGUGGCCUUUGCGGCAAUCUACUUCCUGGAUGCCUGGCUACGUGAUGAUUUGUCACAUGUUGCAGACCCACAAUGGCAACCGUGCUUUGACAACGUGGACAGUUUCUUGUCAGCGCUACUACUGUCAGUUGAGAGCCAGAGGACUAUUGGCUAUGGUUCUAGAAUGGUGACAGCUAACUGCCCAGAGGGCGUGAUGCUCCUGAUGGCCCAGUCAAUUCUAGGUUCCAUCAUUGAUGCCCUCAUGGUGGGCUGCAUGUUUGUCAAGAUUUCCCGGCCACAAAAGAGAGCCCAGACACUCAUCUUUGGCAAGCACUGUGUCAUAUCUGAGCGUGAUGAGAAGCUUUGCUUGCUCUUCCGUAUUGGUGACCUGAGGGAGAGCCACAUGGUGGAUGCCAAGAUCCGUGCAAAGCUUAUCAAGUCUAGGCAAACCAAGGAGGGUGAGUUCAUCCCACUGGAGCAGUCAGAGAUCAACUUGGGCUACGAUACUGGGGGAGACAGGCUCCUAUUAGUGGAACCUCAGACCAUUACCCAUAUCAUCAAUGAAAGUAGCCCCUUCUGGGAGGUGGGGGCUGAGCGCCUGAGAAGGGAGACAUUAGAGAUCAUCAUCAUUCUUGAGGGCAUCGUGGAAGCAUCAGGCAUGACAUGCCAAGCCCGGACAUCAUACACAGAGGAUGAGAUCCUGUGGGGCCACCGAUUUGAGUCCUGCAUGUCUUUGGAGAAGGGGGCAUUUCGUGUAGACAACAGCGCAUUUGACAAAACCUUUGAAGUGCAAAUGUCCCCACUCAGUGCAAAAGACAGAAGCACAGGACAGGAUCAGCAAGCUUUGUUUUAA